AAAAAAAAAAACAAUACUAUAACAAUAUAGUAUGAAAAAAGAAAAGCAUUGUUACAUUGUUCUUUAUUAUUUGACAAAGAACAAUUGAAGUAAUAGGAAAAGGCAGAAUUAGUUUUAUAAAUUUUCUUCUAUUUAUUAAUACCAUUUACAAUGACAGCAAUAUUAGGUGCUGGUAUAUCAGGUUUAUCAGCUGCAUAUUAUGCGCUUAACAAUCCAAAAAUAACUUCCUUAGUUGUAUUAGAAGCCUCAAAUCGUGUAGGUGGAUGGAUACAUUCCUUGAAACAACCUGAUGGAACAAUAUUUGAGAAAGGUCCACGAGUUUUAAGAGCUGAUUCUCUUGAUACAUUAAAUUUAAUAGAGGAAUUGGGAUUAUCAGAUAAAAUUAUUCAUAUUAAGUCUGGCCAUCCAGCAGCUGAAAACCGAUAUAUUUAUUCAGAUAAUGCAUUACAUUGUUUACCCAAUAAUUUUAAGGGGUUGAUCACCAAAAAUACUUUAUUAAACCAGUCAUUGAUGAGUAUUUUGUUGAAUGAUAUUAGGACAAAAAAAGUUUCUAAAGAUGAUGAAAGUAUAUAUGAUUUCAUACAUAGAAGAUUUGGUGAAAGUGUAACAGAAAAACUAAUUGCUCCAGUAAUGUGUGGAAUCUAUGGGGGUGAUAUACAUAAAUUGAGCGCAAAAUCUUGUAUAAAUAGUUUAUUUGAAGCAGAACAAACCCAUGGUUCUAUAAUUAAAGGUCUUAUAUAUAACAGAUAUGGUAAUAUUGCUCAAGAAUUAUUUAAAAAAAGAACUGACCUAACUAUAAAAUCAAAUUAUACACCUUCACUAUUAUUACAAAGAGCUAGAAAAGAAAAGUGGCGCAAUUGGGCACUUGAAGGAGGUUUGGAACAAUUACCUCAAGCAAUUGCCAAAAAUAUAAUUAAACGUGGAGUAGAUAUAAAAAUGCAACAUAACUGUGAGAAAUUAAUAUUUAACAAAGAUUAUGUAGAAUUAAUUGUAAAUGGAAAAAGUGAAAAAUAUUCUCAAAUUAUUUCAAGUUUGCCCGCAAAAAAAUUAGCUACUUUAAUACAAGAGCAACAUCCAGAACUGUCUAAAGAAUUAUGCAGCAUACCUGCAAUAACAAUGGUUGUAGUUAAUCUCCAAUAUUCUGAAACUGUUUCACCUAUUAAUGCAUUUGGAUUUCUUGUUCCACCAAAAGAGCAAAUUCCCAUUCUAGGUGUGAUAUUUGAUUCAUGUAUUGUUCCUCAGAACUCUAAAAUGACAGUACUGACAGUAAUGAUGGGAGGGGCAUGGUUUGAAAAGUACUUUAGUGAAUGUUCAUCAGAAGAACAUUUAAGAGCUGUAGCAGUCAAAUAUGUGAAUAAAAUCUUGGGCAUUGAUGAAGAUCCCAAGGCAUUUAACACCUCCAUUUUGAGAGAUUGUAUUCCACAGUACACAGUAGGUCAUGCACAACGACUAAGUCGCAUCCGCAAAUAUAUCUCCGCGCAUAAAAUUCCUUUAACGUUAUGUGGUUCUUCAUACGAUGCUUUAGCAGUCCCUUCUGUUAUUCUGUCAGCAAAAAAAGCUGUUUCUAAUAUCUAUUAGUAUAUAUAAUAGAUUUAUAAAAUUUAAAUUCCAGCUUUAUCAAGCAAACAUUAUAAUGAUUUUUGCUAUAAUAAAAAAAUAAACAUGCAUAAAAAUAA